AUGAGCUGGUUCAAUGCCUCGCAGCUCUCCAGCUUCGCCAAGCAGGCGCUGUCCCAGGCGCAGAAGUCCAUAGACCGGGUGCUGGACAUCAAGGAGGACGAGACUGCCUGGGCUGACGCCAUUAUCACCCCCUUCCAGGACGGCACCAGUUCGCUUAAGGGUAGCUGGGAGAAUUCUAACUGGGGAGCAAAUUUAGAAGAGACCCAAACGCAAGUAGUGUUGACGCCGACGGCCAUCACCAAGCCGGUUAGACGAACUGUAGUGGAUGAAUCUGAGACUUUUUUCAGUGCCUUUCUCUCCUCAUCUGAGGUUAACCCUGGUACAGUUAAUUCUGUGGUAUCCAAGCCCCCCACCAAGUCUCAAAGACCGGAAGAAGAAGUAGAACAGACUUCACCAAAGCCUAUACUCGGAUCCAGGCAGGAAAAUGCUCAAGAUAAUGAAAAGAACUCACAACAGACAAGUCCAACCCAAAGUCUGGGGGAAGUUGACUUGUUUAGAGAGGACUUGAUACUGGUGAAUCUGGAGGAUUUAUCGGAGGAGAAAUGUGACCCUACAAAGGCCAACCAGGACUCUGGGAAUUCUGAAAGUCUUAAAGGCCAUUUGGAGCCCAAACCAGGAGAGGAACCUAAUUGUUCAGUGGCUCCACCAGAAACUAAGGACAAUGCAUUAGAACUAAAAGACCAAAAACUUGAAGAUAGGCAAAGCAACACCCCUUCUCCUCCCGUUAGCAACUUCUCCUCCGGCACGUCAACAACUAGUGAUAUUGAGGUAUUAGACCAUGAAAGUGUGAUCAGUGAGAGCUCUGUUAGCUCCAGGCAGGAGGUGGGCGAUUCCAAGGGCAACCUCAACUUAAUGCAGAAUUCUUUCCAGCUCUUAUCUCCUUCCGUGGAAUAUGGUCGUUUGGAUGAGUUUCAGAAACUCACAGAGAGUUGCUCUUCCUCCGACGCCUUCGAAAGGAUAGACUCUUUUAGUGUGCAAUCUCUGGACAGUCGCAGCAUAAGCGAAAUCAACUCUGAUGACGAGCUGCCAGGCAGAGGGUGUACGCUGGUCGCCAUAGCAGUUAGCUCUUCCACACCAAGCCUGGACGUUACUGACUCUACAGAGAGCAAAACUGAUGAGGAAGUUAUUGAAACACUACUAAUGCACUCUAGUGAUGAUAUAGAGAUGGAAGAGAGUGGAAGAAGCGCAACUCCUGUGAACUCAGAACAGCCGGAUCUCCUGGUCACUGCGCUCCAGACACAGGAGAUAGAGGAGGAAGUGUCAGCUGAGCUGCAAGAGAAUAGCAGCAAGCCAAAGGUUGAUUACACUCCAGAGGAUAUGCAAAAGAUUAUUGCUGAACUUACGACGCGGUUGGAGAAGAGGGAAGUACAACUGUUAUCUGUCAGCAAAGAAAAAGCACUUCUGGAAGAAACCGUUGACAAUCUCAGAGAUGAACUGGUCAGAGUUAAGGAGGAAAGCAGCAGCAUUUCAUUGUUGAAAGAUGAGUUCACGCAUCGGAUUGCGGAAGCCGAGAGAAGGGCACAGCUAGCAUGUAAAGAGCGUGAUACUGCAAAAAAGGAAGUAAAAUCUGUGAAGGAGGAGCUAGCAACACGGCUGAACUCCAGUGAAACAGCAGAGCUAAUGAGAGAGAAGGAUGAGCAAAUUAAAGGGCUCAUGGAAGAAGGGGAGAAGCUUUCUAAACAACAGCUGCAUAAUUCCAAUAUUAUCAAGAAGCUGCGAUCGAAGGAAAAGGAGCAUGAGCACACAGUCACAAAACAGGCAAAGAAAAUUCGGGAGCUGGAGGAUGAACUGCAGCUGUUACAGCAGACAUUGGAUGGUAAGGAAGAGCUUGAGAAGCAGCAUCGGGAGAACAUCAGGAAACUGAACAGUGUGGUGGAAAGGCAGGAAAAGGACGUGGGAAGGCUGCAGACUGAACUGGAAGAAGUUCAAGAGAAGAACCGCAGCGUCCAAGCUGCAUUGGACAGUUCCUAUAAGGAGCUUGCUGAGUUACACAAGGCCAACGCUACAAGAGCCAGUGAGGCUCAGGAAGUGGCAUUAAGCUGCGAGAUCAAAGCAAAAGAAGAAAUGUGUUUAGUACUAGAAAAAGCCAAGGAGGAAACGCACAAACAGCAGGAGGCAUUGGGCAUGCAGGUAACUGAUCUGAGGAUUGCCCUUCAAAGAGCAGAACAACAGGCCGCAAGAAAGGAGGAUUAUCUGCGGCAAGAAAUUGCCGAACUACAACAGAGACUCCAGGAAGGUGAAGCUCGGAACCAGGAACUGAGUCAGAGUGUCACUUCAGCCACCAGACCUUUGCUGCGUCAGAUUGAGAAUCUGCAAGCGACCUUGGCAGCUCAGACAGCAUCCUGGGAGAAACUGGAGAAGAAUCUCUCCGAUCGACUUGCUGAAUCCCAGACUUGGUUAGCAUCAGCAGUGGAGAAGGACAGAGCAUCUGCUGAGGACCUCCUGUCCAUAAAGACACAAAUAUCUGCUAUGGAGUCUCAGAACAGUCUCCUGCGACAGGAAAAGAGCCGCUUGCAAGCUCAGCUAGAAGUGGAGAAGUCCAGGCUAUUUAAGAUGGAGGAAGAGCACAGUAGAAACCAAGUGGAGCUGGAAAAUCUAAAGAUGGAGUACAAGAAAAUGGUUGAAGAAGCUAGAAAAGAAAAGAAUUUGCUGACCAGUCAGUUGGAGAUGGAGAAGAUGAGGGUGGAGCAGGAGAAGAAGAAAGUCUUGUUGGCCCAGGAAGCUGUGAAAGAGAAGGUAGCGUGCAUGUAA